CUGCUACAGGUCUCAAAAAAGUUGGCACGGGGGCAACAAAUGGCUAAAAAAGCAAGCAGUUUUGAAAAGAUUCAGCUGGGAGAACAUCUAGUGACUAAUUAAGUUAAUUGAUAUCAGUUCUGUAACAUGAUUAGCUAUAAAAGGGGUGUCUUAGAGAAGCAGAGUCUCUCAGAAGUAAAGAUGGGCAGAGGCUCUCCAAUCUGUGAUAGACUGCGUAAAAAGAUUGUGGAAUACUUUAAAAACAAUGUUCCUCAACGUCAAAUUGCAAAGGCUUUGCAAAUCUCAUCAUCUACAGUGCAUAACAUCAUCAAAAGAUUCAGAGAAACUGGAGAAAUCUCUGUGCGUAAGAGACAAGGCCGGAGACCUUUAUUGGAUGCCCGUGGUCUUCGGGCCCUCAGACGACACUGCAUCACUCAUCGGCAUGAUUAUGUCAAUGACAUUACUAAAUGGGCCCAGGAAUACUUCCAGAAACCACUGUCGGUAAACACAAUCAGCAGAUGCCAACUAAAGCUCUAUCAUGCAAAAUGUAAGCCAUAUGUGAACAUGGUCCAGAAGCGCCGUCGUGUCCUGUGGGCCAAGGCUCAUUUAAAAUGGACUAUUUCAAAGUGGAAUAGUGUUCUAUGGUCAGACGAGUCCAAAUUUGACAUUCUUGUUGGAAAUCACGGACGCCGUGUCCUCCGGGCUAAAGAGGAGGGAGAUCUUCCAGCGUGUUAUCAGCGUUCAGUUCAAAAGCCAGCAUCUCUGAUGGUAUGGGGGUGCAUAAGUGCAUACGGUAUGGGCAGCUUGCAUGUUUUGGAAGGCUCUGGGAAUGCUGAAAGGUAUAUAAAGGUUUUAGAGCAACAUAUGCUUCCCUCCAAAUGACGUCUAUUUCAGGGAAGGCCUUGUAUACUUCAGCAGGACAAUGCAAAACCACAUACUGCAGCUAUUACAACAGCAUGGCUUCGUCGUAGAAGAGUCCGGGUACUGAAUUGGCCUGCCUGCAGUCCAGAUCUUUCACCUAUAGAGAACAUUUGGCGCAUAAUUAAACGAAAAAUACGUCAAAGACGACCACGAACUCUUCAGCAGCUGGAAACCUAUAUAAGGCAAGAAUGGGACCAAAUUCCAACACCAAAACUCCAGCAACUCAUAGCCUCAAUGCCCAGACGUCUUCAAACUGUUUUGAAAAGAAAAGGAGAUGCUACACCAUGGUAAACAUGUCCCCGUCCCAACUAUUUUGAGACCUGUAGCAGGAAUCAAAUUUUAAAUGAGC